AGGGUCAUUGAAAGCACCACACGGUCGUAGGCUGAAGUGCACGUCCGGCAAAUGUCAAAGCGCGGACCGGAUCAGCCCGUCUGAGCUGAAGCCUCCCGCGACGCAUCGCUGGAAGAAUCCACCUCCAAACCACUAGGGGGCGCAAUUCCACUGCUGGUUGGAAGAUGGCCGCUCUUUCUGGCGGGAAACCCCGGAGGCUGAAGAAGGACGGUUUUGUCUGCGUGAGGAAGCGAGAUUUGGAGAAGUUAACCACGGAGGUGAUGCAGCUGCGGGAGUUCCUGCCCAGAGUGCUGAACGCGGAGCUGAUGGAGACGCUGCAGAGGGCCCAGGGGCCAGAGACGAAGAAGGAGCCGACGGAACAGGAGCACCUGCGACUGGAGGCUUUGCACCUGAAGUCCAGGCUGGAGGCGGUUCAGACCGAAUGUCAGGGGGAGAGGGAGGAGAAGCUGCUGCUGCGGGAGCAGCUGUGGCAGAGCGGGGAGGAACUGCAGCAGCAGGCUGACUUCUGCUCGGAACUGGGGUCGGCCGCCUGCGGCCUGCUGUGGAGCUGCUCGGCCAGGGAGGACACGGUCACGCAGUGGCUGGCUGAUGGAAAGCUUUUGUCCUUUGUAAGCGUUUCGGCUCAGACUCUGGAGAGCUUCGUAAAGUCCCUGGAUGAGGAGGUAAAAGACCAAUCCGACGACUACAACUCCCAUGAGCACCAGUUUGUGCUGGCUCUGGUGGGGACCGUCACAAACGUAGCGGCUGUAGCUUGUGGGCGGGACUUCCUCUGCAGUUCGGGACAAGUCUUGCUGGAGACUCUGAUGAAACUUCUGGAGCAGAUGAAGCCUGCGUUCUUCCCGAAACUCAAAGUCUUGAUGCUGAUGGCUCUGUACAACGUGAGCAUCAACAUCAAUGGACUGAAGGUCAUCAGCGGGCACAAAGGACUGGUGCGCCUCAUCUGGACUCUGCUGAACGGUGGACACUGGGAGGUGAGCCUCCACUGUCUGCGCCUCCUCCAGUCCUUGAUACUAGAGGAGUACACGCACCCCCAUUUGGGUUCCUCCCUGCUGGACCCGGAGCUGCGGGCUCACGUUAGCCUGCUCACCUCCAGCGCUCAGCCCAGCCUCCGAGCCACGGCCCAGCAGACCCUGCAGGACCUGCAGAGCCUCAAACAGUGUUUGAGGGUUCUUCAAGCCGGUGAGGUUCCCCAGACAGCAAAGGAAGAACCUCAACUAACUAAAGGAAACUGAGGAAAUCUCAGAAGAGAGACAGACGGGUCGCGGAUGUGAAGGCUUCUCCGUCUGCUGUUCUGGCGCCCACUUCCUGUUUCGGUUCCCGUUCAGUUCCAAGGAAAGUCUUUCUGGAGGAAUGUUUGAUUCCUGGAUGGUUUUAACAUCACUCUUAAUGUGGUUCACGGCACGUGUUCAUAGACGAUAAAGAGUUUUUUCUACCCACA